GCCACAUUGCAUUAAAGAGCACAAAUUUUCUUACCAAAAAAUAAAAAGCAAAAUAAAAGUGAAGGUGCAAUUGAUAUUAAUGAUUGCAUCGCCCACGUACAUAUAAAGUAUGUGGAAUGUGUUAGCCAAGCAAUUCGAAAUAUACAGUAGAAGCUAAGCACAACACAUAAGAAGUAUGGACACCGCAUCGGACAACGACAGCGAUGAGGGCUCCAUUGGCGGCAACGCUGCAAAUGAUAUGGGCAUUGAUCUGACCGGUAUAUUGUUUGGUAAUAUUGACUCGGAGGGCAAGCUAGUGGACGAUGAUGAUGACAGGGGACAUGUAUUCGAUGCUGAGUUGCGUGAAAAUCUAAGCUCUUUGUCAAAAUUGGGACUCAAUUCACUUUUGAACGAGGUUAUUGAUCAGCAUGGUGGCGCCAAUUCGGAUGAGGACCCUGAGGAGAAGCCUGUGCCAGAGUCCGCUGACGGACUGAGCGCUUUUGAUGCCCUGAAGGCUGGUCUCAACAGCGAGACAAACGAGGAUGGCCUAAUCAAGGCCCAGGAUGAUGCCAUUGAUUAUUCGGAUAUAAACGAACUAUCCGAGGAUUGCCCACGCACGCCGUCGCCCCCGUCACAGCCAUCAGAUGAAGCGGCAACCCCUGCCUCCACGUAUGACGAUCUGGAAGAUGCCAUACCAGCUACCAAGGUGGAGGCAAAGUCCAACAAAGAUGAUAAGGAGCUAAUGCCGCCGCCGAGUGCGCCUAUGCGCAGUGCCAGUGCACCGUCCUCGGGCAACGAGGAGUCACCCACUAAACCAGGCUCUGCUGAUGGAUCUAGCUCCACCGACGAGAAGUCUAGUGAGGCCAAAGCCGAGGCAGAUCGCCGUCUGGACACUCCGUUAGCGGACAUAUUGCCAUCCAAAUACCAAAAUGUCGACGUCUGCGAGCUGUUUCCCGACUUCCGGCCACAGAAGGUGCUACGCUUUUCACGCCUAUUCGGGCCGGGCAAGCCGACCAGCUUGCCUCAGAUCUGGCGACAUGUGCGAAAGCGUCGCCGCAAGCGCAAUCAAUCGCGCGAUCAAAAGACAACCAAUACAGGCGGCUCGGACUCGCCCAGCGAUACGGAGGAGCCACGCAGACGCGGUUUUGGCAUACACUUUGGACCAGAGCCAUCGCCGGCACAGUGCAUGUCCGAUGAUGAGGACAAGUUGCUCAGCGAUCUGAACAGCGUGGAUGUGCGUCAAGAGGGGCCGGACAAUGGCGAGAACAGCGAUCAGAAGCCCAAGGUGGCUGACUGGCGCUAUGGACCCGCACAGAUCUGGUACGAUAUGCUGGAGGUGCCUGACUCGGGUGAGGGCUUCAACUACGGCUUCAAGACCAAGCAGGAUAAGACAUCUUCGGCGCUGUCCAAGCUCAACAGCGAUCGCUCAGCAGCCAGUGCGGCUACCGAUGUCGCCCAGGAUCAAAGCAUUGCAGAUGAUGCCUUUCUCAUGGUCUCCCAAUUGCACUGGGAGGACGAUGUCGUCUGGGAUGGCAACGAUAUUAAGGCCAAGGUGCUGCAGAAACUUAACUCAAAGACCAAUGCCGCUGGCUGGCUUCCCUCGAGCGGCUCCCGCACAGCAGGCGCCUUCAGUCAGCCGGGCAAGUCUGCUCUGCCAGUGGGCAACAGCGGCAGCAACAGUGGCGGCAACAGCGGCAAACAGAACUCUGGUGGAUCAACUAAAAAAGCGCUUCAGAGUGCUGCGCAGAACAAACAGGUGGAGGCUCAAGACGACACCUGGUACAGUCUGUUUCCCGUGGAGAAUGAGGAGCUCAUCUACCACAAGUGGGAGGAUGAGGUGAUUUGGGAUGCCCAGCAGAUGAACAAGGUCCCCAAGCCCAAAGUGUUGACUCUGGAUCCCAAUGAUGAGAACAUUAUACUUGGCAUUCCCGAUGAUAUUGAUCCGUCCAAGAUAAACAAGAACACUGGACCACCGCCCAAGAUUAAGAUACCGCAUCCGCACGUCAAGAAAUCAAAGAUUUUGCUUGGCAAGGCGGGCGUCAUCAAUGUGCUUGCCGAGGACACGCCCCCACCCCCGCCAAAGAGCCCAGAUCGCGAUCCCUUCAACAUAUCCAAUGAUUCUUACUACACACCCAAAACUGAGCCCACACUUCGCCUUAAAGUGGGCGGUGGGAAUCUCAUACAGCACUCGACGCCAGUUGUGGAGCUGCGCGCUCCAUUUGUGCCCACGCACAUGGGUCCGAUGAAGCUGCGCGCCUUCCAUCGUCCGCCGCUUAAGAAAUUCUCGCACGGACCCCUCGCACAGAUCAUGCCGCAUCCGGUCUAUCCGCUGCUCAAGCACAUUGUUAAGAAGGCCAAACAACGCGAGGUAGAACGCAUUGCUUCUGGUGGCGGCGACGUCUUCUUCAUGCGCAAUCCCGAAGAUCUGAGCGGCAAGGAUGGUGAUAUUGUACUGGCCGAGUUUUGCGAGGAGCAUCCGCCGCUUAUGAAUCAAGUGGGCAUGUGCUCCAAAAUCAAAAACUACUACAAGCGCAAGGCCGAAAAGGAUAGUGGUCCGCAGGAUUACGUUUAUGGUGAAGUGGCCUUUGCCCAUACCAGUCCAUUUUUGGGCAUACUCCAUCCGGGUCAGUGCAUCCAAGCACUCGAGAAUAAUAUGUACCGCGCGCCCAUCUAUCCGCACAAAAUGUCGCCCACUGAUUUCUUGAUUAUACGCACGCGCAAUAGCUAUUGGAUUCGUGUUGUGAAUGCCGUCUUUACUGUUGGUCAGGAGUGUCCACUGUACGAGGUGCCGGGACCCAACUCGAAGCGUGCCAACAAUUUUACGCGAGACUUCUUGCAGGUAUUUAUCUAUCGCCUGUUCUGGAAGAGUCGCGACAAUCCGCGUCGCAUACGCAUGGAUGAUGUGAAGCGCGCCUUUCCGGCUCACUCGGAGAGCAGCAUACGCAAGCGGCUGAAGCAAUGUGCAGAUUUCAAGCGCACGGGCAUGGACUCCAAUUGGUGGGUCAUCAAACCAGAGUUUCGACUGCCCUCUGAGGAGGAAAUUCGAGCCAUGGUGUCGCCGGAGCAGUGCUGUGCCUACUUUAGCAUGAUUGCGGCCGAGCAGCGCCUGAAGGAUGCGGGCUAUGGUGAGAAAUCGCUGUUUGCGCCGCAGGAGGAUGAUGACGAGGAGGCGCAGCUGCUCGAUGAUGAGGUCAAGGUGGCGCCUUGGAAUACUACACGCGCCUAUAUACAGGCCAUGCGCGGCAAGUGCCUGCUGCAGCUAAGCGGACCAGCGGAUCCCACUGGAUGCGGCGAAGGCUUCUCUUAUGUGCGAGUGCCCAACAAGCCCACGCAAACAAAAGAGGAGCAGGAAUCGCAGCCGAAGCGUUCGGUGACCGGCACCGAUGCCGAUUUGCGUCGCCUGCCGCUGCAGCGGGCCAAGGAGCUGCUGCGAAAGUUCAAAGUGCCCGAGGAAGAGAUCAAAAAGCUUACUCGCUGGGAGGUCAUCGAUGUGGUGCGCACCUUAUCCACCGAGAAGGCCAAGGCCGGCGAGGAGGGAAUGGAUAAAUUUUCGCGUGGCAACCGCUUCUCUAUAGCCGAGCAUCAGGAGCGCUACAAGGAGGAGUGUCAGCGCAUCUUUGAUCUACAGAAUCGUGUGCUCGCCAGCUCUGAGGUUCUGUCCACCGAUGAGGACGAGUCUUCGGCCUCCGAGGAGUCUGACCUGGAGGAGCUGGGAAAGAAUCUCGAGAAUAUGUUGGCCAAUAAGAAGACAUCCACACAGCUGUCUUUGGAACGUGAGGAGCAGGAGCGUCAGGAAUUGCUGCGCCAGCUGGAAGAAGAACAGGGAGAUAGUGGCAGCAAGGCGGCCAAGUCCAAAGAUGAUGCCUCACAACAGCCAAUGGCCAACAAUAACCAGGGCCGAAUACUACGUAUAACGCGCACCUUCAAGGGCAACGACGGCAAGGAGUACACGCGAGUGGAGACGGUGCGUCGCCAGGCGGUGAUCGAUGCGUAUAUAAAGAUACGCACUACUAAAGAUGAGCAGUUCAUCAAACAGUUUGCCACACUGGAUGAGCAGCAAAAGGAGGAGAUGAAGCGAGAGAAGCGGCGCAUACAGGAGCAAUUGCGUCGCAUCAAGCGCAACCAGGAGCGCGAGCGUCUAGCGCAGCUGGCUCAGAAUCAGAAGCUACAGCCAGGCGGCAUGCCCACUUCACUGGGCGAUCCCAAGAGCUCGGGCGGGCAUGCGCAUAAGGAGCGUGAUAAUAGCCACAAGGAGGUCAGUCCGUCGCGCAAGAAGUUCAAGCUGAAGCCGGACCUGAAGCUCAAGUGCGGCGCCUGCGGCCAGGUGGGUCACAUGCGCACCAACAAGGCGUGUCCGCUGUACACGGGCAUGCAGAGCAGUCUGUCGCAGUCGAAUCCCUCGUUGGCCGAUGAUAUGGACGAGCACAGCGAGAAGGAAAUGAAUAUGGAUGACGAUGAUCUGGUCAAUGUCGAUGGCACCAAGGUUACACUAAGCAGCAAGGUGCUCAAACGUCACAGCCAAGUCCAGGACGAUUUCAAGCGCCGUGGCGGCCUCACGCUCAAGGUGCCCAGGGAUGCCAUGGGCAAGAAGAAGCGUCGCAUGGCCAACGAUGUGCACUGCGACUAUUUGCAGCGUCACAACAAAACUGCCAAUCGCCGGCGCACCGAUCCAGUUGUGGUGCUCUCCUCCAUAUUGGAGCAUAUACUGAACGAGCUGCGCUCCAUGCCAGAUGUUUCGCCGUUUCUAUUUCCAGUUAAUGCUAAACGCGUGCCAGAUUAUUAUCGUGUGGUUACCAAGCCCAUGGAUCUGCAGACAAUGCGCGAGUAUAUUCGCCAGCGUCGCUACACUAGCCGCGAGGUGUUCCUCGAGGAUCUAAAGCAAAUCGUGGACAACUCGCUGAUAUACAAUGGCUCCCAGAGCGCCUACACGGUGGCCGCUCAGCGGAUGUUUAACAGCUGCUUUGAGCUGCUGUCGGAACGUGAAGACAAAUUGAUGCGCCUCGAGAAGGCCAUCAAUCCGCUGCUGGAUGAUGAUGAUCAGGUGGCACUGUCAUUCAUCUUUGACAAGCUGCACACGCAGGUUAAAACACAAUCCGAGAGCUGGCCCUUCCACAAGCCGGUUAACAAGAAGGCAAUCAAGGAUUACUACACUGUUAUCAAGAAGCCAAUGGAUUUGGAAACUAUCGGCAAGAACAUUGAGAAUCACACUUAUCACAGUCGCGCCGAUUAUCUGGCCGAUAUAGAGCUCAUUGCUACCAACUGCGAGCAGUACAAUGGCAGCGAGGCGCAGUACACCAAGUUUGCCAAGAAGAUGGUUGAGUAUGCCCACUCACAGCUGGAGGAGUUUGCCGAGCACUGCGCUCAGCUGGAGGAGAACAUCAUGAAGACACAGGAGCGGGCCAGGGCAAAUGCGCCUGAAUUUGAAGAGGCCUGGGGCAAUGAUGAUUACGAUUUGAGUCGCAGUCGCGCCAGCUCGCCCGGCGAUGACUACAUUGACGUGGAGGGCCACGGCGGACUGGGUCUGAUUACACCCAAUUCGAUACAUCGCAGCAUGGGCGCGGACAACAAUCUGUCCCAUGGAACGACGCCAAUGCGUAGGCCAACGAUGCCAGCAGGUAGCGAGGUGAAACGCGGUCGUGGUCGUCCGCGCAAGCAACGCGAUCCCGUGGAAGAGGUCAAAAACCCAAAUAUGGUUAAACGUGGUCGGGGCCGUCCCCGAAAGGACAGCCUUGGCUCUAAUAUGAGUCAGACGCAAGCUUACUUUCUGGACGAAGAUUUGCAAUGCUCGACAGACGAUGAUGAAGAUGAUGAGGAGGACUUUCAGGAGGUGUCCGAAGAUGAGAAUAAUGCAGCCCACAUAUUGGAUCAGGGCGAGCGCAUGCAUGCGCCCAGCGAUACCAUGGACUAUAUUGAUCCCAAGAACAUCAAGACAGAGGUCGACAUUGAGGCACAGCAGAUGGCAGAGGAGCAAUGCGGCGAGGAUGACAGCCAGCAAGCGGCUGAAGCUAUGGUGCAGUUGAGUGGCAUUGGCUACUACGCUCAACAGCAGCAAGAUGAAUCUAUGGAUGUAGAUCCCAACUAUGAUCCCUCGGACUUCCUGGCCAUGCACAAGCCGCGCCAAAGCUUCGGCGAAACCUACAAUGCACAGGGUGCCUUCUCCGACUUCAUGUCCCAGGUUCAGGACGACAGUGGACAGUAUAAUCCGCCCGAGGCCAGCACCAGUGCUGCAGCCGCCAACAUGUCUGCACAGGAAGAAGAUAUGCCCUCCACGAGUAAUGACAAUGGCAUGGGCAUCGAUGAGGAUCUGGAUAUAUCGGAUAGUGACGAUGAGGAUAAUGGCGGUGUGCGCAUUAAGAAAGAGGUAUUCGAUGAUGCCGAACUGGCUGCCCAACAACAUCAACAAUCUUCGGAACCAUCGCAAAUAUAUCUACUGGAUGCAUCCAAUGAGCCAGUGCAGCCUGUUGACUAUCAGCCGCAGCAGUCGGACUUCCAGCCCGCUCAGGAACUCGAGCAGCUGCACGCCCAACAACCAAAUAUGCAACAGCAGACGGAGCAGCCGCCGUCACAAGGCGAAAAUGAUUACGACUGGUUGACUUUUUAGAUUCAAAUGGAUUUAAUUUUAUUAACAUUGACUGCAA